UUGGCAUUUCCGCAUUGGCCAUGUUCUGCCUUCUCGACCCGCAAGCAACAGCCGCCGUCUCCAUUGACUACAGCGAGAUCGCGGCCGACCCAUCGCGGUUCCUCGCCAUCAUGGCCGAGCAAGGCUUUGCCGUUGUCACCAACGUCGUCGACGACGUUGCUUAUGCCGAAGGUCUCUGGGCCUCGGAUCUGCGCGCGAUUCUCGAUAUGACGCACAGCGCCGAGACGCGCGCGCUUGCAGAGGACCCGGUGCACACGUGGCCAGCCGACGUGCAACUGGGCCGGCCCGUGGAGCACGGCCUCGCUCAAGGCCAGCUCGCGUGGCACAUUCGACGCAGCCGCAAAAUUCGCCACUGCUACGAGAUCCUCCAUGGUACGAAGGAGCUUGUCGUUGGCACAGACAGCAUCAUGUUCAACCGGUCCCCGCCAAAGAAAUUGCGCCAACCGUGGGGCCAUGUCGAUUACCACCGGGACUUGAUUGCGCACGAGUGCUUCCAGUCGAUCGUGUAUCUCUGGGACACGAAUGACGAGUCGAGCACGACGGUCGUCUGGCCAGGAUCCCACCGCACGCAAUACGAGGCCGUCAUGGAUGGCAACCCGGUGCCACGGCUCUUUAGCCUCAUCCCCGAAGCGAUGGUGGACGAGUACCGAGCCAGCGCGUUCCGGGUUCGCGUCCCAAAAGGUGCCAUGAUUGUGUGGAACUCCAAGCUCGUGCAUCAGGGCUACGACUGGGGCCCGCGCCUCGCCGUGCCCGUGUGUUUUGAACCCGCGGCGCUCCGUCCCGAUAACGUUUGGGCAAAGAAGUGCGCGCUCGUGGCGUCCGGCGUCAGUGGCACCCAUUGGGCGGCUGUGUUCCACACGCAUUCGGCAACCAGAAAGCGGAAGAACGCCCCGCGCGGACCGAGCCAAGAGUUUGGGCGUGUCCGCCUUCUCCACCGCGCCCACUUGCACCUCUUGGACGACAACGGCCAGCUCAAACCAGAGUUUGCCGCGCUCUUGUAGUGCAAUGUACGAUCUAGUUGAAGCAGACAAGGCACCUCGUACUAGUAAUGGAAUACGGACUUGUUUUGUUUUGGGUUUUGCA